AUGUCAUCUACCGCUGGAAGAGUUGUACGUUCUGGGGCGCAAGCUGUACGCACCGUCGCUCCGAUCAAGUCGAGCAACCCACAAGAAGCUCGCAUGGCUGUUCUUCAAGUCUACAAAGAAUUCCAACGCAUGACACCGAAAUUCUGGUGGGAUUACGGUCUACACGACAUGCCGCUUGGUGUCUUCCGUGCAGUGAUCAAAAAGCAAUUCACAAAGAAUGGCCACUUGACCGACGUGCGUGUUGUGGAUCGUCUCGUCGGUGAAACGAACAAGCAUAUGGAAGCAAUUCGCUACACGUUCUACAAUCCUGACCACGUGCGCAACUAUUUGUUCGCUGAGAAUAUUGAAGCGAAGCCGAAGGACUUCUUGUCGAAAUUUCUCAAUGGAAAGGAUUAA